AUGGGUGACGCAUUAUUUGCAAGUCUUACACAUGGAAUGACCAAUGACUGUCGUCUGGCAAACGCAAGAUUGAAAGAAACCUUGAUGAACUACAACUUCAGAGCUUUUUUAAUGGAGAGAACAUUAUCCAAGUGCCCAAAUGACGACUGUAAUCUCGCCUUCAUUUUCAUCUUGGAACCGCGCGAUUACGACCGAUUGCUGCUACAAGUGCAUUUUGAAACCCGCCCCACAAUCCUUGUUCAUCACUCGUUUGCUGAGUUGCUCGAAGCGGAUCGUAAAACCCGUCGAUUGCUUCUGGAAGAUAACAGUGUUGGAUGUCAGGUUGGCCCAGAAAUGGCAACCAAGAUAAUUGAUGCAUGUCCACCGGUUCACAAUAUUCCGUGCCAGACUGAUUUCAUGGUCGGUAAGAAGGAUACGGGCGGUCAGACUGACGAUCUCUAUCGAAAUGAUGCUGGGUGCCAAGUGACUCCAGAGAUGCCGCAGUUUGAGAUCAGCGGAGUGAUUCAAUCGAACUCGGUGCCAGUCGUGAAUAAUGUAGCUGUAACUGUCGUGGAGAGACCAACAAGCCCAUUGGUAACUAUGGAGGUUCAAGAAGAUGACGACGUUGUGUUCAUCGAGACCCGCAUGCGUAUUCCACACGUUGAGCCGAUUGUGAUUGUGAAGGCUGAGGAGCCGGAAACCGAACCAGUGGAGGAAGAAGAGAAUCCUCUGAAUUUAAAUAUCACAGCAGAGCUAGAAGUGAAGACAGAGCCUAUUGAAGAGGUUCACACUGCUUUGGAGAAGAGUGAUUCAGAAGAAGAGCCUGUAAAAAUUGUUCCAGCGCCCGAAACUCCUAUUGUUAACGAACAAGUCUCUAUGACCACUCCACAGCGAAUUUUCAGUACUUCAUCCUUCAAUAGUGCUAUCUCUUCUGGAUCGGAUUCCUUUUAUACUCCGCCCACUGCUAAUACAUCGGCAACCAUCAUGGGAAGCGCCGCCAAACGUCCCAAGUACUCGGAUAUUGAAAUGUGUCAGAGAUGCUUAGAUGUGACCUACUACACUCAUUUCUACGAAUACGUUAGCCAUAUUCUAGAGUCACAUGUUUCGAUUUACCGAUUUAAAUGUACCCUGUGUCAGAAAAAAUUCAGCACUUCUCAAGGCGCCAACCGCCAUCUAAUGAGCCACGUCGAGGAAGGACUGGGCAAUGUCCCAAUGAUGAUUGUCCCGGAAAUAUCCGAUGAUCAUCUCCGCAAGUUUAUUAUCGCUGCCAAUGAAUGCUACCCAGAAAGAUUCCGAAACAUUCCACAUCAAGAAAUCGCCGAAAGCAUGCUCGACACUUUUAUUCGAUUAGCGCAGGAAAUUCAGAAGAUCGACGACGAUGUCAAAGAGCUGAGGCAGGCGGAGCAAGCAGUGCAGAGAGGUGGAAAAAUGGGGCUGAAAGUUUCGCAAAUUGACGGAUUCCAUGAGAAAUUGAGGGUAAAAAUGGACUCGGCAGUGCAACGAAAAAUGGAUCAGUUUGAUGAGAAGUCGAAUGAGCUCGAUAGCAUUUUCAGAAGUCUUCUAUGUAUGAGUUCAGAGGCUCCGACAGCGGAAAACUUUGAAAAAGAUACAGAAAUCGUGUCAGGAUAUUGUUCAGAGCUCAAAGCCUUCCUCCAAUCGGAUCGAAGUGGCGACUGCCCGCGAAUCUCAUUAUCAGUGGAGCAAUCCGUUCGGAGGCUUCUCAACAAUCCAUGA